AAUCUAGAUCUGUUGUAGAAAAGUUUGAGGUUUAGUCGAAUGUAGAUCUACUAUCUAGAUCUAGCUUACCUUUACUUAAGAACCGACCUUGGUCUGUUGAAGAACUUUGCUAUCACAAUCACAUGACCAACACCACUGCUUAGAUUCAAAGAGGAAGCUGUAUUCUUUACCAUGAAUUUGGUCAUUGUGGUGUGACUUUGAAAAUGUUUAAGUUUUUCAAGUCUAAAUUGGUGCAUGCUGAAUAAUGCUGGAUGAAUUGAAGAUGUUUCGUCCACGAAAGAAAGUGCUGAUAGCUCUUUUAAUAGUGGGAGCCAUUCCUGUGUGUCUUAUGAUGUAUCUACUAGUAAAUGAAGACACUCUGUACCCCACCUACAAUGACAAGUCCAUGAGUCAGACUGAAUUAAAAAUUGUGGAGAGAAUGCAUGAGGUGGAAGAGCAGAACUUAGCUUUGCGCAAACAGCUGAGCCAAAAUCAGAAUGAACUUCUAAGACUCCAAAUGACGUUAGCAGCUACCAAUGACUCUAACUCCUCUGCAAAGUUUAAAUGUGUUAACGCGGAGCCAGAUGUGCCAAAGUGUGAGGUGAUCCAUGUGGCCAUAGUCUGUGCCGGUCACAAUGCUACAAGGGAUGUUGUCACGCUCAUCAAAUCUGUUUUGUUUUAUCGACGCAACCCACUGCACUUUCAUUUCCUGUCUGAUGAUGUCGCUGAACUGAUACUGCGCAAAUUAUUUCAAACGUGGAAUGUCGCCGAGGUUCAAAUCAGUUUUUAUCCAGCAGAUUCUGUAAAGCCUGAUAUUUCAUGGAUUCCGAACCGACAUUACUCUGGUGUCUACGGUUUAAUGAAAUUGACUCUGCCCAAAACUUUGCCUUCAGACAUGAACAAGGUGAUUGUAUUAGACACAGAUGUGACGCUUGCUACUGAUAUUGCAGAAUUGUGGAAAAUUUUCAGAGUACUUCGUGGGAAACAGGCUAUUGGUCUUGUGGAGAACCAAAGUGAUUGGUAUCUGGGCAAGUUGUGGAAAAAUCACAGACCAUGGCCUGCUCUGGGUCGAGGCUUUAACACUGGUGUCAUACUACUGGACUUAAAAAUGCUGAGGGAAAUCGGCUGGAUGCAAAUGUGGCGUCUGAUUGCAGAGAAAGAAUUGAUGAGCUUGCUAUCUGUGUCUCUAGCUGAUCAGGAUAUCUUCAAUGCUGUGAUCAAACAACAUGACUACCUGGUGUACAGGCUGCCAUGUCAGUGGAAUGUACAACUUAGCAUGAACACCCAAAGUGAGCAGUGCUACAGUGAAGUCUCAGAUCUUAAAAUUAUUCACUGGAAUUCCCCGAUGAAGCUGAAAGUAAAGAACAAGCAUGUGGAGUUUUUCCGUAACAUGUACUUGACAUUCUUGGAAUAUGAUGGGAACUUGUUGAGGCGGGAGUUGUUUGGCUGUUCCAACAGCACAUCCAAUCAAACACAGGAUGUUGUGAUAAAUGACCAUCUUGAGGAUGAUGACUGCUAUGAUUUUCGCUCUGAGAGAGAACUUGUCCACCGGACUCACCUGUACUACUUGGACUACAAAGUGUCCAGCAUCAGUGAGGAUGAUGUGACAUUAGUCUUACAGCUGUCCAUGGACAGGCUUCAGAUGCUUGAGAUGAUAUGCAAACAUUGGGAGGGUCCAAUCGCCAUUGCCCUAUACAUGUCGGACGCUGAGGCACAGCAGUUCUUACGUUACGCCAUGGGCUCUGAGACUAUUAUGUCCCGCAAGAAUAUAGGCUACCACAUUGUAUAUAGGGAAGGGCAAUUUUACCCGGUCAACUAUUUACGUAACAUUGCCAUCUCCCAAGUGAGGACUCCGUACAUGUUUCUCUCCGACAUUGACUUCCUGCCAAUGUACGGUCUGUAUGAAUACUUGAAGAAAGCUAUUCCAAUGACUGAGCUGGCUACUCAUAAGAAGGCUUUGGUUGUGCCUGCGUUUGAGACGCAACGCUAUCGACUUCAGUUUCCCAAGUCCAAGACAGAAUUGCUGUCCAUGUUAGACAUGGGCACACUCUUUACUUUCAGAUAUCACGUUUGGCCGAAGGGGCAUGAGUCAACUAAUUUUGCUAAAUGGAGGACAGCUACGACCCCCUACACUGUGCGCUGGGCGCUGGACUUUGAACCCUAUGUAGUUGUUGCCAAAGACAUUCCACUCUAUGACCAGAGGUUCCUUGGUUUUGGCUGGAACAAGGUCUCUCACAUCAUGGAGCUAGAUGCUCAAGGAUAUGAGUUUGUUGUCCUUCCCAAUGCAUUUAUUAUUCAUAUGCCUCACGCCCCAAGUUUUGACAUUGCCAAGUUCAGAUCUAGUUCCUUGUAUAGGAAAUGUUUAAAAAUAUUGAAAGGCGAAUUUCAGCGAGACCUUUCCAAGAAAUACGGAAUUAAAGCAUUGAAAUAUUUGUCUGUGGAUUAAGCUCAGGGAAUCAACCGUUAUUUUGAGAAUCUCUAGUCAGGAAAGCAUCAAGAUUCUUGUACAGACAGUUUAGAACUGUGUUCUAGGAGGUUGUUCUGAGAUUUGGAACUGUUGUCUGGAAGGUUAUUCUGAGAUUUUUACCUGGAGGUUAUUCUGAGAUUUUGACCUGGAGACCUUGUAUGUGCUCAAAACAACUGCCCAAACCUUGAUAGUGAGAUUAUUUGUAAGAUUACUUAUAGCUAGUCAACUAUCAUUUUUUAAUUGGGGUAGGACUACAUAUAAACAUUUAUGAAGUGGAUUGUGUCAUUUCCUCUCAGCAUUAAAUAAUGUUUUACACAUUUAGUCAUUGUUGGUGUUAUAGUAAACUCAUGGAACAUGAUUUCCAACUUCUGUAUAACUUUUAUGUGUUUAUAGCUUUUAUGACUUUAUAACUUUUAUAGCCUUUAUGUUCUAACUCAAAAUCCAGAAAAAAUGCUGGCUAUCUGACUCUUGCCUUCUUGUCUUGCUUAUAGCAAGAAUGCCCUUUGAAAUGAUUUGAUGUGUAUUAUUUAGCAUAAUAAUGUUUAAUUAAUGUAAAGAAAGCCCAUGAAUACAUUCAAGUCUGCUAAAUGAUAUUUUGAGCUUAAGAAAUUGUUUGAAGAAAAAUUUUGUGGCUAUUUACGCCUUGAGAGACAAUUCAGUUUGUGACUUCUCCUGUGACUGAAGCUGAAGAGCUUAAUCAUUGAUACACAUGUACAGCCACAGGUUAGGCAUAUGCUUUCCAUCAGUGAAACCUAUUCUAAAAUCAAGUAAAGAGCUUUAAUGACAGACAUUUAGCUCUUAAUCUCCGUAAUUAUUUUUCAUGUUCUGACGGAAUUGUUCAUUUUUCACAUUUGAAUAUUCUACCUUGUUAUCAUAAAACUUAAAUAACAUUUUUGUUUGUAAUAAGAAAAUAUUACUUUUGGACUUUUGGUAGUAUAGAAUUUUAGAAGAAUGCAUGCUUUUUAUAUGUAACACAAAUUAUAGUUUAUAAAAACAAAAAUUAAUUUAAUUUGAUGGGAUCAAAUCAACAAUGGUAUCGUUAAUUAGGAGAAAAGAAUUCAUUACAUAGGCAUUGUCACAUGCUGAAUGAAGCUAGUCUUGAUUGGUCAUGUACUGUGUUGAUAUUGCCUUGUAUUUACACUGGUCAACGAUGGAAUGAACUGUUGUGAUGAACUUUUGCAUAUCUUCUGAUGAUAAAUUCUGUGAUGACAUUCUAUGUGUGGUGAUACAUGAUUAGACCAAAUUGUAGUGUUUGCAAGUCAUAAGCUUUUGAACUGAAGGAAACAAGAUCACAUUUAUUUUUUAAAACUGUCAACAACUUCACCAGUACAUGUCAAUGUUAUAUGUAUAAAUUUUAAUAGUGUCCCAUGAGACAAAAGUGAUAUUUAGAAGUGUCUAUAUUUUUAUUUCAUUUAACCCGUCAAUUUCUAUUGCGAUAGAAUGCAGGUUUUCGGUAGAAAGUUACUAGCAGUUUUUAAACAGUUCAUGUCUCACUCUAAAUUAGAAGAAAGAGGUAUACAUUUUUUAAAAACAUCUUUUUUUUUAAUUGCUUUUUUGUUUUUGUAUUCUUAUAAUAAUAUAAAAAAAAAUUUCUUUUUGCUUAGGAGUUAGAAUCAAUAAUUAAAUCCAGGGGCAUUGUGGCCAAGUGGUAAAGUGUCUGGUUUAUCUGCAUUUAAUUUUUAAUGUACUACAAGAAAUCAGAAAUAGUGAAUCUUACAUUAGAUAAUCUAACUUUUUCGCCUUUUUUUCCCCUCAAAAACACCUGCGCAACAUUAAAUAUGGCCCUCCAAAAACACCUGCGCAACAUUAAAUAUGGAUUCAUACAAUUGUUAGAUUAUAAAAAGCAAAAAUAAAAAACAAAUCUGAUUAAAUAUUCUUAAUAGCCUUAUAAUGAAAAUUGUAAUUUCAUUACUUUCCUGGAAAUAAGAUAUUGAUUCAUACAAACAAUCAAAACUUUUGGAAAAUGUUUUUUGUUUUUUUUUAGUUCAUUAUGCUUUUAGCUUUGUUGACAAUUAAUAUCAUGUAGUAGGCCAUUGUGACUAAUUGUCAUCAAACCCAGUCAGAAUAUUUCUGGUGAUCCAUCAAGUUCCAUUUGUGUGCUAAUCUGACCACUGUAUAAAGUACCUCAUUAUUUAAUUCAUUCAGUAACAAUAUUUGUUACUUAUCGACUUGUUAUAAUAUUUGUUGCUUACACUGUCAUCAUAACUUUGUAUUCACUCUACAUCUACAUCUUAUGAUUUGAUCUAAGAGAAUCUAGUUCAGUUGAUAUUAGGAAUGGGUGGAAACUUUUGGUUUUAUUUAUUUUGUGGAUUGUAUUUAAUAUUGUGAAGUGGAAUUUAUCCUUCAAUGUUCACUCGGAGAUUAUCAAAUUGUGUCCAACGUUUUUAUUAGCAUAAUAGUAAUACAGCGCCUGGACAUUGUUUGAUCGACUUCUCUCCACAUAGUUUAAUAUACUUCUCUUCCAUUUCCUUUUUUUCUCCGUAAAGUAAAAUUUUGUUUAUUAAUUGAACUAAACUUUGGUUUAGCUUGGUGUUUAUUUGUUUAACUAAAGUUUUGUAUGUAGUCAACUAACUAAAAAAGGUUUUUAUUUGGUCCACUAAUCUAAAGUUUUUAUUUAAUGAAGCAAAUUUUUUAUUUGUUUAACUAAAGUUUUUAUGUGGACAACCAAACUAAAGUUUUUAUUUGGUUAACAAAGAUAGCAUUUUUAUUUGGUCCACAAAUCUGAAAAAUUUGUUUUCUCAACUAGACUUUUUAUUUGGUCAUUUGGGUUUGAAUCCUGGUGAACACUGGGAUUUUUAACUUCAGGAUCUUUGGACACUUCUAAGUCCACCCAGCUCUAAUGGAUACCUGACAUUAGUUGGGGAAAGUAAAGGCGGAUGGUCAUUGUGUUGGCCACAUGACACCCUUGUUAACCAUGGGCCACAGAAACAGAUGACCUUUACAUCAUCUGCCCUAUAGAUUGCACUGUCUUUAAGGAGUACUUUACUUUAUAUAGUGUGGAAUAAAUGAAAAGACUUUUAUGUUGAAGAGAAUGUAGAAAUUUUUGUGUUUGUUAUGAUUAUCAAGUACAUCAAACUAAUCUGUGUAUUCCUAAAUUAAUGUCUUGGACUCGUCAGGUUGUGAAUAGUAGAUAACAGUAUCAGAGGUAUUUGUGUAUUUAUUUUGAGUGGUAAGGGGGGCCUGCCAUUGAAGGAGGUUCUAAACAGGGCAAGGGACAGGGAGGAAUGGAGAAAGACGGUAGACGAGUCUUGCUUGGUGCCCUAACGGUCCAACAGACUAAUGAUAGGUAAAAAAAGGGUGCCAUUAAGCUAUGAAGAUAAUUAUCUUGGUUGUUUGGAAGUAAACCUUGGUUUUACACAGAUAAAUCAAAAGAUAAUGGAAACUUUGGUGAUCAUUGGAGAUUUUCACGAUAAACUAAACAAUUUCAAGGACGCUAAAUUGAACUUCAAAAUUGCCAACUCAAUAACAGUUAAGCAGAAGAGCUUCAAAGUUCUUGUUUCUGCAGUUCUAAAAUGUGCACACAAAAUCAUCAUGUAACACUUUUAAAACAUAGUUUAACAUUUUUUUUGACUCCAGAUACACCAAAUAAAAAACUAUUUUUAGGUUUUCCACAAUGUGUGUGUGUAUGUUGUUUCAUGAAGAACUUGAUAAUUUGUUGUCCUUUUUUUUUUCUUUCAUUAACUCCUUAAGUAGUGUCAUUGUUUUUUAAUUUUUUUUUUAUUAGAGAUCUUUUUACCUCAAUACGUUAUUAGUAUUUGUCAACAAUAAAAAAAACAACCUAGAACAACUUGUUAACCUAACAGGGGUGACGUGGCCAGCAUUUGUCUGCCUUUCUUAUUGUUUUGAUUUAAACAUUUUUUGUUUUCAUAAAGAGACCUGGAGUUACGUUUCUUCAUUCAUCCUUGCUCUCAACAGGUUCCUGCUCUCAACGGGUUCCUGCUCUCAAUGGGUUCCUGCUCUCAACAGGUUCCUGCCAUCAACAGGUUCCUGCUAUCACUGGGAAUAGGUGGGGGGGAGAAGAGUAAAGAAUAAAGUUGUUUUUGCAACAUGAUUUCCACAUAUACUGUUGGCCACAAUAACUGGGGAACUUUGCAUCACUUACUUCUUUUUAUAUUGGACUUGUAUAUUACCUUGUAUUGUAUACCUCUUCAUGUAACUUGUGUAUUCAGCUACCAACUUUUUAACAUUUUAAAGUUGGCAGCUUAUUUUGUUUUUAAAUCCAUUCUGUGAAAUCAGAGCUUUCAUUCCCAUCCAACCAGCAAUGUUAUGGUAUGUGACAUGUAGCAAUAUUAAACAAUGUUAUUUCUAUGGACAAGUCUUUGUAACUGUGUGAACUCAGACUGCUGACCUAGUAAAUAGAUCUAAAUCUUGUUGCCACUUUGGUUUGUUUUCAAAGUCCAGACUUUUAUUUUUAUAUUGAAAUGAUUUUUAAGACUGGUGACAUUCAGAUUUUUAAUAAGACCUGAGUCGUUUAACUGCUGGGAUUGUCUAGUUAAUGAGACUUGUCCAUUCAUGGACUACUUCCCCUAUGUGACUUAAAUUAAUAUAUGUUAAUGUGACCUUGUGACCUUAUGUUUUUGACUUUGUUAUAGAAGACUGUGCACUUUGUAGCUGGACAAUAUGAGGACUUUGUAGCAGGGCAAACUGUGCACUUUGUAGCUGGACAGUAUUGGGAGGGACUUUGUAGCAGGGCAAACUGUGCACUUUGUAGUUGGACUGUAUGGGGAGGGACUUUGUAGCAGGAAAAACUUUUGAUUUGUAGAAUAAUGAAUUCUUGCCAAGCCCUUUUGGUUUUCUUCAUGCAUUCUCAACUAUCUUCUAUAUCAUUGACUCAAAGGCAUGUUAACUUCAAUAGAUUCCAGUCUAGUAUGUAUUAUAUUGUGUCAAAUAUUUGGACAGACUAUCUCUCUAUGCCUCUUGUUGUUUAUGGUGGUAAACAUCUAUAUCAUGAGAUCUAGAGCUAUGUUUUGACUUUGUUAUUGUGAACAAUGUUCAAUAGUAUUUAGCCAAAAAAUAAUGCUUAUUACUGUAUGUUUUGAUUUUCUGUAAAAAAAAAUUUCAUGAUAUAUGCAUCCUUAUACUAUUUAGACAAAUACUCUAGCCCAUUUUUUUCUUGUCAUAUUUGACAAAUUUGGGCCAUUAAAAUUGGACCUUUUGGUUUUAGUUUGAUUUGUUGUCUGUGUCUGGCUUUUAAUGGGUAGGGCUAUAAUUUUUUUUUCAAGCUUUGAGUUAAUUCAUUUUUUUGUAGGAACCAAAUUUGAUGUAACAGCUAUCUUGGACUUCCUGUCAUGUCAUUGGCCAGAUUUUAAUGCGUUAGUUUGUUCAAUGUAGAAAUAUUUUUAAAAAUUUGUUUUUUACUUCAUGUUACAUUUCUAUGAACAAAUGAAUCAAAAUGGUCAACAUUUUUUUUUUUCUUUCCUGAGUUACAAGGCCAGAGAUUUUAUUCAGACGGAAACUUGUAAUCUACAUUUAAUAAAUGAUUUUUAACCCUUUAGAAGUGGCUGGUAAUUUAGCCUCUAAACUCUAGCAUUGUAAAUCCAUUUUGUAUGCACUCAUAGUAAAAAAAAACUCAGCACUUUAAGGGUUAAUGAAGCAUUUACAUUGCCAGCUUCAUGUGAUUUUUUUUAAAAAUUGUUUGCAUGAUAAAGAAAAUGAAUGGAAUGGAUGACUGCCUGGGUAUGCGUUUCAGACUAUCAUCAUGAUGCUCCUGAGUUCAAACUCUAACCACUGCCAUUCCCCUGUCGUCCUGGGGGGGGGGGGAUCUGGGAUAGAAGAUAUUCAUCUUUGUUGUCUGAAUAAAGGUCCGAAAAGUGUUUUGAAAAAAAAACAGCAACAAAAUAAUGAAUGAAUAAAUUGAAAAAGGAAUGAAACAAAAAAAAAAAAAGAAAUCAACUUGUAUUGAUAUUUUGUAAUGUCACGAAAGACGUGUCUCAAAGAAUGACACCAAAUGUGUAUACUGAUGUUGUGCCGAGACUAGUCUGAGCCAGUGAAUUGUUGGUUCUACCAUUAGCCACAGGCUCCAAGUGUGUUCACGUUGGUUCUAGUUGUUAUAAGGAACAGCAUUAUCUUGUUGUGUCUGGUACAUGAAAUGUAAGAUGUUCUCUUUUGUUAUAUGUGUACACAGACAUUUGAAAAGGUGUUCAAUGAAGAAAGAAAGGAGGGAAAUGCUGUGCCAUGAGGAAACAAAGUCUCCAUGCAUUUAAGUUUUCAUAUUACAUUUUUACAAUUGACAACAUAUAUGCUGUCAAAAAAAAAAUGUUUCUUUGGAUCUGAGCAAGACUGUGUUGAUUGAAACUUAACUAGAUCUCUGUAACACUAGAUUCACUCUCCAAUUUUCUUUGUCCUUUAAUUUUAGAUUUAAAUUGUGUACUGUGUUGUAAAAAAAGAAAAUGUUAUGGCAUUAUUUUUGUCACUGGCCUAUGUAA